UAUUAUUAUUCGCUUAUAUAUUAACAAGCAUACAUUGUCGUUCGAUAAUACUCGAUGAAACAUUAGCUAAAGAUGACAAUGAUAAACCUAAGAAAACGGAAAUAUCAUUUAUCGAUGAAAUGAAAGAUAUAAUGGAACAAUUUAUACAAAAAAAUGUUGUCGAAUCUACGACGAAUUCACCUUGGUUUACUUUAUUGUUGAAUUAUCCAGAGGGAUUUUCUAAUCAAACCAUUUGGCAAUUACCACGAAAAUAUUUGAAAAGAAACGAAAAUUCCAAUUCUGAUAAUUUAAUGAAACAACAAGAUAAAAAUGAAACUUCGAACAACGAAAAAUUAUCUAUCGAAGAUGAAGCUAAAAUGAUUAAAACUUGUGCUGAACAAAUCGAUGAAAUGUUGUUAUUUAUACAAAAUGCACUUGGCGAAUUUCGAAAAUAUUUGAACGAGUGGUGCAGGAAUCAUCAUUUGAUGGUCAAAAUAAAAGCAGAAUCAUCCGAUACGAUUAAUAUUUCUCCUCAAAAUUGAUCAAACUUUAAUUAAAAAAUCAUUUUUAAGAUAGAAACAUUUUUAUUUGUCUGUACAUUGUUAAAAGAACAACAACCAAAAAUUGUAAUCUAACAAUCCUUAUAUAGUAUUUAAUCAUAUUCAUUUAAAUUUUACA